GGGUGUGGAGCUACCUCAGUCAACCGGAGACGACUACGUCCUGAAUAACCAACUUCUCUGCUAGCUAAGUUAACUAAAAAAAGUGGACAUAUCAGGUAGGUUUGUCGAUACGGAAACGUUUUCAGAGCUACUUAAACUUUAAAAUAUAGAAUUUGAUAUCACGAGUCUUAUUAAAAGAUAGCGCACAACGUCCACGGCGUCAGAUUGUUAGCUUGUUAGCAGAAUCCUGCUUGCGUCUGACUUGAUCAACUGUUCUUUGCUGCGUACAUGCGGAGCUUGUCUUGUGAAGGACUGCAGUGUCUUUGACUCAGUCCCAGAUGAGGGACGGGUGCUGUCGACAACUCACCUGAACCUCUAGGGUUUUCAUCUGAGUGUAGUUCUGCAUCAGGUCUGGGGUGCACCUAAGGAGAGGAAGAAUCCUCCAGCUGAGAUGGAUGACAUCUUCACCCAGUGCAGAGAAGGCAACGCGGUGGCCGUUCGCCUAUGGCUGGACAACACAGAGAAUGACCUCAAUCAGGGAGACGACCACGGCUUCAGCCCCCUCCACUGGGCCUGCAGGGAGGGGCGCUCCAGCGUGGUGGACAUGCUCAUCAUGAGAGGAGCUCGUAUUAACGUCAUGAACCGGGGAGACGACACUCCGCUGCACUUGGCCGCCAGCCACGGACACCGCGACAUUGUGGGAAAGCUGAUCCAGUGCAAAGCAGACACCAACGCAGCCAACGAGCACGGAAACACGCCUCUGCAUUACGCCUGCUUCUGGGGCCACGACCAAGUGGCUGAGGACCUGGUGGGUAACGGGGCUCAGGUGAGCAUCUGUAACAAAUACGGAGAAACUCCCACGGACAAGGCCAAGCCUCACCUGCGCGAGCUCCUCAGAGAAAACGCUGAGAAGAUGGGGCAGAGCUUAACAAAAAUCCCCUUCAAGGACACGUUCUGGAAAGGCACCACCAGAACCCGACCCCGUAACGGAACUUUGAACAAACAAGCGGGCAUCGACUUCAAGCAGCUCUCUCUCCUAGCGAAGAUAAACGAAAACCAGUCUGGAGAGCUGUGGCAAGGCCGUUGGCAGGGAAACGAAAUUGUUGUCAAGGUGCUCAAAAUCCGGGACUGGACGACUCGGAAGAGCAGAGACUUUAACGAGGAGUAUCCCAAACUCAGGAUAUUUUCCCACCCAAACGUCCUCCCCAUGUUGGGAGCGUGUCAGUCUCCUCCCGCCCCUCACCCCAUCAUCAUCACACACUGGAUGCCUUGUGGCUCCCUCUACAAUGUGCUGCAUGAGGGCACUAACCUCGUGGUGGACCAGACUCAGGCGGUCAAGUUUGCUCUGGACAUCGCUUCUGGGAUGGCCUUUUUACACACGCUCGAACCCAUGAUCCCUCGUCAUUAUCUCAACAGCAAAAGCAUCAUGAUCGAUGAAGACAUGACGGCGAGGAUCAGCAUGGCGGACGUCAAGUUCUCCUUCCAGUGUCCCGGCAGGAUGUACUCGCCUGCAUGGGUAGCCCCCGAGGCUCUGCAGAAGAAGCCAGAAGACAUCAACCGCCGCUCAGCCGACAUGUGGAGCUUCGCCAUCUUGCUGUGGGAGUUGGUGACCAGAGAGGUUCCCUUUGCAGAUUUGUCCAACAUGGAAAUAGGCAUGAAGGUUGCCUUGGAGGGUUUGCGGCCCACCAUCCCCCCCGGCAUCUCUCCACACAUCUGCAAGCUCAUGAAGAUCUGCAUGAACGAAGACCCAGCUAAGAGGCCCAAGUUUGACAUGAUUGUUCCAAUUCUGGACAAAAUGCAGGACAAGUGAAAGUAAUCUCUGCUUUUCUUGUGAACUGAAUGAAAACCUAAAUGUUUUAACCCAAAUGCGACGUUUUGGUAUGGUGGUGCCUGCCAGUAUUGCCUUAAAAAUCUUCAUCUGUCGCUUCGUUGUAGUUUCCGGUGCUGAGACGAGCUCGGCUACAUUGCAUUUGUUUAAGUGUGGUAUCGUUUUUUAUUACGGUCUCUGACACUGAUCUGCUGAUGCUGUCUCUGCCUGUUCAUUGUCUAAGCUGUAAUCAUGUGGACUGAGUACAAUCAUUUCCUUACAACUGAAAAACUGUGGAGUUCAGCAUGAUGGUCUGCUGGAUCUGAGCAGUGGUUUUAAGGCUUUACUUUAUCCAGACGGGCUUAUUUUAUAAGAAAAUCUUAGGUGAUUGAUCCUUUAAAGUGGUGACUCAUCAAGAAAUAACAGAUUAACCCAAAGUCGUGGAAAAUAGUUAUUGUUUAUGGUUUUAGUGAGACAGACUGUAUGCAAUGAAAAACAUGUCUCUCUAUAUAUAAAUAUAAAUAAAAAGUGUGUUUAAACAAUAACUUGGUGCUCUGCUGUGAUCGUACGGUGGCUGUGUUGACAUCCUGGUUUGAAACUCAAGCCUUUUAUUUUCUGAUGCAAAAACCUGUUGGGAAUAUCAGCAAAAUUCUUUUAUACUAUUGUUAUGAGUUACAUCUCAUGUUUGUUCUUAUUUUUACUUUUUCUUAUUGAAUCUCAAAGCAUUCGGUGUUGAAUUAUUUUUAAAAUCCAGAUUAUAGGAUUUUUUCCCCUUUCAACUGUCAUUGCAGCAUAAUACUGGCUGUUCUUUGAUUUGGUCUGGUUUGCAUGUUGCCUUCUCCAUCUUCAGAAAUGUCUCCUGCAUCACUCCUGUGCCUCCUCUGUCACGUGGUUCAAGCCAAAAUAAAGGAUGAGUCAAACAAAUGUAUGUAUUUAUAUAAAAGUGCAUUAAAAUAAAACAUGAAACAUUU